AGCACACACAGAUCAACUCCACCUACUUAGAAAUUGCACCUUAAAGUCUUUCCUUAGCCCCUAAGCUAUAGGUGUGAUGUAUGUAUACUGACUAGUCAUUGGUUUGUGUCUCAGCAUCGGCACUGUCUUCAGGUGUCACAAACCUCAAGACAACUCAAUUUAUACUUUUACUUCUUCUUUUGAAGGAACUCUCUUCGGCGUUUGUCAGUAUAAAGGACACCAAAUUACAAUUUUUUUUUCUCUUUUAAUCAGGUCACGAAUGGCAAACACAAAUGGACAAUCGCUGUUUCGUCUGGGUAUCAUAAUGUCUUUGGCAGGAAUCAUCUCUCUUGGCGUUAUGUUUUUCUGGUUCCCACCUUCAAAAAACUGUCCACCUCCAGUUUUUAGACCAAAUCAAAAAUCACAAAUCAACUCUGCCAAGAGCAACAACUCUGUGACUGAAAAAGCAGAGGAGAAACCUAUAGUUCUGUUAUGGGUGUGGCCUGAAAAUUAUAGGUUUGAUUUCAGUGACUGCAAAAAGUUUUAUAAUAUUGAUAAUUGUCAUCUGACGGAUGAUAGAGCUCUCUACAAUGAUGCAGAUGAUGUCAUAAUUUUUCAUAAAGCCAUCAGCUGGGAUCUGUCCAACCUUCCUCCAUCUCCUCGUCCUCCGUUCCAAAGGUGGAUUUGGUUGCAUGUGGAAUCACCAACCAACACCAAAAAGAUACCAGGUCUGGAAAACCUGUUCAAUCUCACUCUCAGCUACAGACAUGAUGCUGAUAUUCCUGUACGGUUGCGCUUGAUGAACAAUAAAAAGCCUAAUGAGGAUUUUGUGAUUCCCAAAAAGGACAAACUGGUGUGUUGGAUUGUGAGUAACAACAGUCCCUCAACUGGUGUCGACACAAGGAAUGUUUUUUAUAGAGAAUUCAGCAAAUAUAUACAAGUGACUUUGUUCGGAAAGGCCUAUGCAAGGUUCCUGGAUUAUAAUGAUUACUAUCCAACAAUGGCCAGCUGUAAAUUUUACCUAUCCUUUGAAAACUCCAUCCACAAGGACUACAUCACUGAGAAGAUCAACGGGCCGCUCGCUGCGGGGACCGUCCCUGUGGUGUUGGGUCCUCCGAGAAGAAACUAUGAAAACUUUGUUCCUGCCGAGUCCUUCAUUCAUGUCAAUGACUUCCCAGACGCAAAGUCACUAGCCAAAUAUCUGCUUUAUCUGGACAAGGAUGAAGAUGCAUAUCGCAAGUACUUUAACUGGAGGAAACAUCUCACUCCAAGUCCUCAUUUAAUACAACAGACACAAGAGUUUAUUCUUCCUAUCUGCACUGCUUGUGACUAUGUAGCGAGAUAUAAGCAUUAUAAAGAAGCUCAUGAUCUCUAUGAGUGGUACUUUAAUUAAACUUACCUCAGGUUUUCUUACAUUAUCAGUCACUGACUACAAUGUUUAUGAAAUAGAUUGUAUUUUAUAUGAUCUGUUACUUUUGACAUGAGAUUUUUAUUGGAAGUUUUUUAAUAAAUCAUUGCUUAUGGAUGACCUAA